AUCCGGAUUUUAAUUGAGGAAUUUCCAUUGGAUAUAAAUAGAAACUGAAGCCUAUAUGUUGGUCCAAGGAUUUCAUAGGAACAGUGUGUUGAUUUACUGCACGGGGCGUCUGGGAGAAAACUCUACAUUCUGUACUUACUGCUUUCCAUUGCUAUUGAAAUGGAUUAUUUGAGAUACUUGAGAGAGGCUCAGGACUUGGGUAUAGCGCGAGAACGUUUUCACAGCAUCUGGGAGACUGAGUCCAGAACGAAACAUCUCCAGGCUGAGAGUAGGCUCUUGGAAAUACAAAUUGAGAGGGAGAGACUUCUUGGACGGAUCCAUGAUGAGUCUGGAGUACCAGAAAGUGUUGAGAAAUUGACAACUGAAUUGCUUGUAUUAAAGAAUGACUUAAAACAUCAGAUGGGUGAGGGCUUCAAGUCUAUGAAGGAAAUAAUGAACUCGACAUAUACAAUGAAGUGCAACGACGAGCUGUGCAGUAACAACGAACUGAAGAACAUGCUUGUCCAGAUAAGGAUUCACAGUAAGAUCAUCUCUGACGAAAUCGUCAAAGUCAGGAACCAAAUGACCGUACUCCAAGAGACUGAGCUUAACCGCAAUAGAAAAAGAAAGCUGGACACUGGCGAUGGGAAGCUAGCUGCUAAAGACCAAGAGAGUUCAUCUGAGCAAGUUACGCCAUGUGGUCGCACGACGCCACAUAAAGAGACAACGCCACACAAAGAAUCAACACCACGCGAAGAAUCAACGCCACACAAAGAAUCACCACGUAAAGAAUUAGCACCACACGAAGAAUCAACGACCAUGGAGACUCAAGAAUUUAUGAUUGCAUCGGCCACUCCAGUGAAAUUACCGGCUGUCCCUCAAGAGACUGAAACCUUAACUACGUUAUAUUCAAGAGAAACAAACGCCAAAACAAUUCCGAGCACAGGAGAAUCUGAUGACCUAGAAAGAAGUGAAAAUCCUAAGUUAAAAAUAAACGAUUCACAAGAACAAGAAUUCACAAUAGUCCAGCAAGAGUAUCACCUAACCUCGCUUAAAACUAGAGAGGUAGAAAAUACUCAGGAGUCAGAAGUGUUCAUGGCACAAAAAGAAUCACCAUUACCAUAUGUUUGCACUUUUUCAACAGAAACAGAGGCGGCGAAACCAGAUAUCCCGCGUGCCUCUAUAGUAACAGAUAAGAGUCUUAAUGACAACGCUAAGUCUGCUUUAAUGUCAACAGCAGGUCAACAAGAUGCCAUAGUUUCUUCACCUUCUUCAGAUCUGUGUCCUACAGAAGACACGCCAAGGCUUGCAGAAAUGUCCGAACAAGACUCGUUCAAAUCAGACGAAACAGUAAAAUGUGAAGCUAUUGCCAGCGAGAACCCGACUAGUAAAGACAACACCAUGACAAGAAGGAAUGAUGAAAAGAAAAUGCAAUUGCGAAGAAAAGGUCCAACUUCCUUCAGUUUCAACCUCCAUGAUCGCACACCUAUCAGGAAUCGUGAAACAUAUGUAGAUAUUGUAGGCUAUCAUCCUGCUAGGUCAAGGUCUCGAUCAGAAAACUUUGACGGACACGGCGAAGAAAUGACUUUUACCGUUGACUGUGCGCAAGAAUUUGUCCUGGAUCGCAAGUUUCACAGAACUGGCUAUUACACAACCAAGCCGGUGCCUUGCAAGGUCCGGCUGAAUCUUGAGUUCAACGAAGUCAACCGGUUGAUUGUCCAGCUGUGCGUUCUGCCACAGCCACACAUCAGGAAAUGGCCGGUUUACUUUCAAGGGGAGGGCGAAAUUUACAACCCUGAGACAGAGAAAUACUCUCACCUCUGGACGUUUGAUUUGAGCCGGUGUCCAGAACCUGAGGAUGGAAGAGAGGUCAGAAUCAACGCCGACGUCUGCCUUGUAACAAGCUGGGCCAAGUACCAGAACGUCACAUAUGACAAGAUCAAAGAGCGGAAUUACGACAAGGGCAAUUAUUUAAAGAUUAAAUGGAGACUCUGUGCCUACAACGAGGAUUCGGCUUUAACAUGAUCAGGUUGUGUGCACAUCUACCUUCUCCUAAGUGGCGGGAAUUAAAAAAACAUUCAAAUGGAUUACCACACAGUUUUCAGUAAAAAAAAAUGGUCUAAAAUAACCUAAUAAUUUUGAUCUGAAAUAGUACUACAGCGUCUAAGUGUUUAAUUGUGCUGUUUCAUACGAAACGUAGUGCACACUGCGCUGGUUUUUAUAAAAUGUAGUGUCUGUCUAAGAAGAUAGAAAGUUACACUCUUAAGUCUUGAUUUUAAAAAACAUCUCUUCGUUUUUUCCCCAGCAAUUUAUGCCAUUCAGUCAAUCCGCCUACACCAUUCUAUUAUUAUCCACGUAGUCAGCAGUACAGAUUGAACAUUUUCACUUCUCGGUGAUAUAAAAAAGAAACCUAUGUAAUUGUAACACAAAAAAGUUGUUAGGUCAGAUAAUAAUGACAUUUCAACACAAUCAUACUAUAGACUAGAAGAUUAAUACCAGGUAGAUUUAUAGGGGUUGGAGAUGGUUUUGUGCUGCAAGUGGAAAUAAUUUUUAAAAUAUUUAUACUUUUUUUUUGACAUCAACAGCUUUUUUUUUAAAAAUGUGUCUUCUAUUUGUAAAUAGCUUUGAGAUUUCAUUGAGUUGUAAACAUCAGAAGAAUGAAGCUCAUUGCAAGAGUUUCAAGAUUAUUUUUAUGUUACUGAAUUUCCUAUGUAUCAACUAGUUUACAAAUCAGUUAUGUGCUGUGACAUGGUUUUACAAACAUUGACUUCAAAUAUUAUUUUAUUAUCGAGAUAGCAUUAUCUGCUAUUCCAUCUUGUUUCAAUCGUGUGUUAUGUUAUUAUGCCUUACGCUUUAUAUCGAAUCUAUAUGAUUUCACAAUACCAUAUUACACCAUAAUAUCCGCAUUCUAGUUAGAAAAAUAUCAAUGUGAAUUAUGGUGUGGAUUAUGGUGUGGAUUAUACCAUUACGUAUACGUCACAAAUACUUUGUUUACCAAAUACAUGUUGACAACAUCGCUUUUGAAAUAUUUCAUAUUUCAUUUUGUCUUAACAAAUUUCAUCCUUGUGAACGAAUGUUGACAUAUGGUUAGAAUAUCUUUAUGGAUUUGUUUAGUAAUGUGAAAAAAAAGUGAAGUUGUAAAUAGCAACAUAAUUCGACUGUCGUAAAAACGUAUUCUUUUUUUUUAACACCAAUUACUAUAAAAAGAGGAUAUCCCUCGUGUAACAAUCAAGUCGUCUGCAGUUACCAAGUGCCAUAGCAGUACAAUGUAACGUAGUUGACAGAAUAAGCCAAUCAAUGAGAUUUUUGGUGUACAAACUCCUCCCCCCGUUUAUUAGUGAAGAUAUCAUAGAAGGAUUACAUUGAUAAAUGUACAUUUAGUAUAACAUGUUACAAUGUAAGUUACACCCUGAGGAUUGUUUUUGUUUGUUUCUAUUUUUGUAUUUUAGUUAGCACCUUAUCUGACUUUUGUUUCUCACAAUGGUGGAAUAUGUAGCUGAGAGGUCAAAACCGCUUGGCUACGGAUUGGUCAUCUUACAAGAGGGCUUGAGUUUGAACCCUGACUCGAGCAGAGUUGUGCUUGCUGAGCGCCUAAUGGUAACACGGAAACCCUCUCCCAGAUACCCCCUCCCCCCCCCCAACUGGCUCACAAAAGAGAUUAGACCAGAGCUCACUAAGCAUGCUGCUACAUUAAAGCAAUUAAACCAAUAAAUUAUUCUCUACAUAAGAAUUUCGUUUAUCAAAUUUCAUCCAAAUAUCUAUUAUCAGUGUGACAACGGAGGAUAGAGGACUUCUUACCUUCUGCCAAGACCGCUCCUGUAAAGGUUAAAUAAGUAAUGUCAUUCUCUAAGAGAAUCGACCAUGCUAAAUGUUGUUGUGUUAACACAUGAGAACAAAGGAAGGGCGAGGUCCUAAAUGUAUAAAUUGUUGAAACAAAAUGUUAAAAAACAAUAAACUGGUUAUUCCCAAAGAAUCAAAUUGCUA